GGUUGGUUUCUUCAUUUUUCCGACUCUAUAGUGUCGAUUUCCGAGACUUCUCAUAUCGCUCUCGCUCGAUUGAGUUGUUAAGUUGUCUUUGUCGUUUCCUAUUAUCUUGUGUCAAGAGAAGUAUCGAAUUCAAGCGUUUUUAUCUUCAAUUCAUUACAUUCCUCGAGAUCUACUUCCAUAUUCAUAUUCAUCUUGCUGCCGGACAGUCACAAGCAGUCUCGACCUCGUCUUCCGUCACCAAUAAUCAUCCAAUAAAUCUAUAGCUUACUGUAUCUAUGUCUUCAUGAAUUUCCAAGCCUUUCAUUGCAAUUAUCACUACCAUCGUCUUCUCAUCUGAACCAAGCCCUUUUCUUUGCGUGCACCCCUUGCGAAAUGCUUCUCAGCUCUCAACACAAAAUCAUUUUUUACCUCUUCACUUUUCUCACGCCAUCAAUAUAUGCAGAAACAACACAAAUAUGUGAUUCCACAAAUGCCACAACGAAAUCUGGAAGAUACACAUUCUUCCCAGAUAUCAUAACGACUGAUAAGAGUGGAUAUCAAUGUACAGAUUUCUCCCUCGCCGAUGAAAAUAGCGGGAGCGUAGGUUCAACAACUCUAUUUAAUACCACAUUUUCCUGGUCAUCUUCAUCCCCCAAUAUCUCAACCCCGCACUCCUUCCCCUCACUAACUCUCAAUCUCCCCUCCAUCCUCCCCAUCCCCAUCUCCAACAUCUCUCUCUUCCCCCUCACAAACAACUGGGCCCUAUACCCGGGCAACCCUCUCCACACCAUCUCCGCCACCUCCCCGGACUCCCUCCAAAACGCAUCCGUCAUCGCCGCCUGCUACCUCAACAUCUAUCUCGAUCUCGAACCCUCCCUCUCCCAGGACAAACGAUUCUCCGCCACCAAAAUCUCCAUCUGGCAGGCCAACUACGGGGGCUUAAUCCCUCUAGGUUACAACGACACCGCAUCCACUAUCUCGAGACCAGUCAUAGAUCUCGCAGGAAUAUCCUAUACGCUCUAUGUAUCGCAAACUUCCCCAUCGACAUCCACCUCUUCUUCUUCUUCCACUUAUUCAAAUUCUUCCACAGCAGUAGAUGAGCAGCCACAGGUCCCGCAAACAAUUUACACCUGGUAUCCCUCCGUGAACGCCACCACGCUCACAGCAAUGGAUAUCUCCCCUCUGCUUAAUUAUCUCUGGAGAGAAGUAUAUAUUUCCAGUAACACAUAUGUGGGAUUUGUAGAGUGGGGAUUAGAUGCGCGGAAUAGCAAUGGAAAUGUAACGUGGAGUGUGUACGAGACGGGCAUGAGUAUUAAAGCGGGAACGCCGGUGAAGGCGGUGGGAGCGGGCAAGAGGAAGGAGGUUGGAAGGGGUGAGAUGUUGGCGUUGGUGGGGUUGUGUGUGGGGGCUGUGGUGUUGUUUGGGUAGGAGAUUGGGAGGGGGGAGAGGGAGGAGGCGAGGGUUUCGAAAUUUGGAAUGGAAGAACAAAACAGGAGAUGGGGGAAGGGUUUUGGAAAGUUCUUUUUUUGUAAGAUUUGCGAACAUGUUUCUGUAAAGAGGGUGUGGAUUGUGUGAGAAGAUGAGAGGUUUCAAACUUAUCAUGCGGACGGACUGAGUGAUUGAUUAAUCUGAUAUCAUCUAAUCGCACAGAGAAAGAUAUCCUGCGGAUUGCGGACAAGAAAUCAAUAAUCGUAUCAUGGCGGUGAAUUAUCUCAUCCUCAUCCUCAUCCUCAAGCAAAGUCAAAAUAAGAAUCGAGAUGAAAGAAGCCUCCGGGAAAAUCUCCCCAUCAUUUUUUUCCUUUCUUUCCUCUUCUCGAUAUAUAUAAUAAUAUCAUACUCGUAUCAUAUCAUCA